UUGAUUCGACUCGUAGGUGUACUCGACAAGAUAAAGACAGGCUUGGAAUAUGCGACCGAUUAUCUGGAGACUGCAAAGGAUAUCGCAGAUCUGGUUGCAAAAAGUUUAGGCUCUAAGCAGAAGGAAAGACGAGGAGAGGAUGAUAAAACAAAGGAGAAAGGAAGUUUCGGUCCUUCUAACGUUAUGUCCGCGUUCUUCCGUCUUUUUGGACUGGAUUCGCAGAAAGUUACAGCCAUUGCUGUGAACAGCGUUAUAUUUCUUGCGCAAAUGAUAAGUUCGUUGUUUAACUUGAAACCUCCGAAAGAAAAUGCCGCCAGGAGUUUGGAAGACGAGACUGAUGCUUCAUCUUGGAAUCCAGCUAAACUUAUCACGGAGAGCAAGAGCGAGAGAAUACAAAACUUAAUCGAGCAAGCUCAUGACGAGAAUCUACCGGUUCGACUGAUCGAGAAACUAGAUGGUGCUGAUUCCGCGUGUAUCAGAUUGCUGGUAUGCAAAAUUUCACCGGUGAUAAGGGCGACGCAGAAUUUCCUAAAAAACAAAGCCCAAUGUAAAUCACAUCAAAUGACUUCGUGGUUGCCCAAAAGAGACGAAUUCGAGGAAAACAGCGAUGAAUGCGAAAACACGCAUACCGAUUGCAAUUUAUUUUCCUAGCGGUAGUUAUUGAAUCGACCUGUAGUUUAUUUAACUUUAUUUGCUGCGAACUUGGUCGGAAAAAAAUGACGGUGGGCCUGCAGGAAUUUUUCAGAAACGCUGUAAAACCGAACACUUCGAAUGUCGUAUAACAUUCACGUAUUAAUUUGAAAGGAAAAUAGUCGAGACCUCUUUACUUGUAAUAGCUGCGUAUGAUGGAAUUUGCCAGGGAUGAAGGUGUUGGUUUGCAUAGCAUAUAUAUUUGCGUCCAUACAAAUAUAUACUAUAAUACAGAAUAUACAAGGUAUUCCAAAAUUAAUUUACUGAACAUUGCACAUUGUAAUAUCUCUGGCGUACCGCGAGUAUUCGUCGAUGAACGAAAAGAAGAAAGCAGCGAAGUCAGAACUAUCUUCUUUUCUUCAAAUAUGCACCAUUUAUUUUGAAAUAAACACCGGUGAAUUAAGUUUGGCAAUACCCUUUAUAUUUCGAGCCAUCUCCGGGAUGGCUGCGGCCGCAUUCGAUUAUCCAAAUAAAAUUAUAUUGCUUGAAGUCGUUUAAUCUUUACAAACAACAUUUGUCUCUUGUAUGUUACAUAAGAAAAUGCUUGUGAUCAUGGAGUAUGGAAUCGAAGCGUUUUCAUGGAAAAAUUAUCCCGACCGCGUUGCGAGGACGCUUAUCGUCCGCUUACCGAUUUUUAGCGACGAUUAACGAAAUAAUCAUCGAUAAUAUCUGUAAACGCAUUGUGCGAGAGACGUAAUAUUCAGUUACGUAACAAAACUACUCAAUCGAGUUAUAAAAUGAACUACUCGCAAAUUAUUGCACUGUAGACGAAGCACCUUUUGACCGAUUAAAUAAACAUAGAACCAUCGGACGUAAUAUAUUAACGAUUUAUCAACUUCCGAAGCAAUAAACGAUGACGAUACAUAUUUUUCACCGAGGGAAGAUACUUGUAUGAUUUAUAAGGACGGUGCUAAUGAAUGAUCUCUACUCUUUGAAAUCUUCGUGUCAGACGAAAGUGUCAAACAUCUUAAAGUGACCCUACGAUUCCAAAUAUCGACUCAAUGUCCUAUUGGCAUUAACUUUAAUCGAUACAAAAUCAACUAUAUAGUUUGUUCGAUCGCUGUUCUUACGAUACACGAACAUCGAUUAAUAUCAGGGCCGAUUGCUAAGUAAAAGAAUAUCGAAUGAAAUAUCAAUGAUAAGAUUAUAACAAGAAAGAAGGAACCAUUCGAGCAAUAACUACUUUGAAACAAGGUUCCUUGCGAAAUUACCGGAAAGUUUUCUACGGUAUAGUUACGUGUCAGACAUUUCAGUGUAAGCUGUCACGUUCCACAGUGUAGAAACUUUAAUCGUUCUACGCUAUACAUCUAAUGAGAUCAAAAUUAUUGCGAUCCAUAUGCUGUCGAAGGUUAAAUGUCGAUCGAACGUUUCUAAAAUUAAUAAAUCGAUACGAUAGCGUUAAUUAGUGGCUUCUGAUGAUCGAUCGAUCGAGAAACCUUACGGUAUAUACCGUACUUACGCGCGAAUCGGUUUAGAAAGUCGAUAAUUAUGAAACUUUGGCGUUUGAUAGACAUCAUGAUAAACGCAGCAGAGAACAUCGUACGCGCUGCAAGUUCGAAGCUCGAAGAAGUUGUCGAUAAACUAACUCGAGUCGUCUACGAAUCCCUGUUUACUAUGGUAUGCGACUUACAACAUACACGAUAA